GUGUUGGCAGGGGGACGUGACGUCAUGGCGGUUGGUCAUUGUGUCUUUUCCGUUGGUUGCUCUGACUGAGGGAAGGAGGAGAACCAGCCGUUUGCUGGUGAACAACAAAGUGAGGAAUAUGCGCUCACUUGUCGGACUAAUCGCUGUCGUUGUUGCAGCCAGCUUGUACCUGUACUCACUAUCCCUCUACCUCCCUCCGGCACCACGGAGAAGCUCUCACGCAACUUCCAAGACCGAGCAUGCUGAAACGGAAGAGUCCGAGGAGCCGACUGACAGCUCCGAAGAGUCCAGGUUGAAGUUCCCGUCAGACUUGGAGGAGUUGAGGGAACUGGCUGAGCUGCUGCAGUUUUACAAGACAGAGCACACUGGAUAUGUCCUUCUACUCUUCUGUAGUGCUUAUCUCUACAAGCAGUCCUUUGCCAUUCCUGGAUCCUCGUUCCUGAACAUUCUCGCAGGAGCUAUAUUUGGACCGUAUGAAGGACUGCUGCUUGCCUGUGUGCUCACCACUGUGGGCUCCACCAUGUGCUACCUUUUGUCCCAGGCCUUUGGAAAACACUACAUCGUUAACCUCUUCCCUGAUAAAGUCUCCAUGCUGCAGAGAAAGGUGGAGGAGAACCAGGACUGUCUGUUCUUCUUCCUGCUCUUCUUGAGAUUCUUUCCAAUGACUCCCAACUGGUUUCUGAACAUGUCUGCUCCGAUUGUAAACAUCCCCAUCACCUUCUUCUUCUGCUCAGUCUUCAUUGGCCUCCUUCCCUACAACUUCAUCUGUGUCCAGACGGGCGUCAUGCUGUCCGAGGUGUCGUCGCUUGAUGACCUGUUCUCCUGGGAGCGGCUGCUGCAGCUGCUGGCCAUCGCCUGCAUGGCUCUGCUGCCCGGUGCCCUCAUCCGCCGUUACAGUCAGCGGCGUCUGAAACUGGAUGCGCCAUUGCAGAAUGGACUCGCCACAAAUAAGAAGAUCCAGUAAUCAGUUCUGGGAAUGAGUUUGCUUCCUGGCGCUUCGAUGCCCUCAAAGUGAUUGUCUUUUAAAGUGCGACUCUUCGGAAAACCUUUGUGCACACACGUGUGUCAAGGUCACUUUUAUUUGAAGUGCUUUACUUCUCUGGAGUUGGAAAGGGAUCACAGCUUUUAGAAAAACGGCACCGUGAUAUUGGAAGCUGAGUUUUUUUUGUUGUUUUUUUUUUUUUUUACCAAAUGUUAUUGUGUGCCACAACGUGUGAGCACAUCAUAUACAGAAUAUGUAUAUAGAUGUAUGAAUGUACAGUAAUCAUGGAGAGAGAGAGGGAAGGAUUUUAAGGAAACUUUGCUCCUGCAUGUGUGUGACACAGUGUGAGUUCUGCUUCGAUCUAAACAAGUGUUUUAAGUGCCUGUUAAGCAGUUUUGGACUAUUUCAAACUUCUACCUCAAACAUGAACAAGUGGAAACAUUAAUGUAAAUGUUCAGGUUCAGAUGAUUGUUUUGUUGGGUUUGUGUUAAUUAUUUGUAACUAAAAUACUUGUGUUUGUGUAUAUACUAUACAACUUAAAAGUUGUAUUUUUCUUGCUUUAUGAAGGUACGACAAAAUCGCUAUAUAAUACUGACAAUCACAUUUUCCAACUUCAGUAUAAAUUGUAAUACAGUGUUUAGGGCAGUUUUUUUUUACUGUUUUUCAAGAGUUUGGACAAGUUGUGAAAUUUAGAGACCAGUAUUUGCACUCAUAAGACCUGAGUGCCAUGUUGAAGAGUUAUUUUGAGUAAUUAAUUAAAUUAUGUCAUGAUUUCAUGCUAUCUAAUGAGCUGGAUUCUUAUUUGAAAGUGAAUGUGCAGUAAAUUCAGUCAGCGUGAAGCUUCCGUUAAAUCAAGCCUGAAGUUUUUGCUGUCUCUUUCAUGAGCUUUUUGUACAGUAAUCUGGUCCAACAGCAUCUACGCUGCAUUAAGUUUUUGUUUUUUUUUCUUUUGGGUCAAGAUGUGUAUUGUCAUGUAAGCGUUCUGUUUAAUCAGAGAUUAAAUUAAAUUAUUUGAAGUACUUUAAUACACAGUGACAUUUGUGGUGUGUCAGAUCACAGAUGAUUUGGCACCUUUAUUCCGGAGGUGAAAAAAAAACAAUUUUGAAGUAAUAAAACAACAGAAAACACGUGAAAAUCAGCAUUUUCUUUCAAAUUUUCUUUAUUGCUCAGAUCCAGGUUGCUCAGCAAUACAGUUCACUCACAACUCAAAACAACAGCAUGGCUGUAACCAGAAAAGGCAUGGAUCCACGAGAUAUAUUGAACACGGAUCGUAUGUCUGUCCAGCGCACAGUCACCAAUUACCUUGAGGUGUUUGGGACCUUUUGGCCCACAUGGGAAACUUUAGGGUCGUGACCUACUGAGGAAACAAAAGGAAUCCCCCAAAUGGUGAAAUGUUGUUAAUAAAUGGAUCCAUGUAAAACCACUACUGAAAGUCUAGUGCUAUAUGAAGUGUAGUACAUACUGGAUCACCUAAAACAGUCUCAUGCAAUGAUUUGUGUUUUCUCAUUUAACAAGACGGGACAAAAACACUGCUGUGGUUCUGCAUACAUCUGACCAGACUUUACUAAAUCCUUCCUCAGCUAAUCCAUAUUUUUUGGAUGGUUGUUGAAUGCCCUCUUUUCUGUUCAGUCCCAAAGGCAGAACAAGUUUUAUCCGCUUUUUUUUUCCAGACCUGGAUACUCUGUCAUCCCUCCUUCUUUGCAUGUCACAAAUUCUUAUAUUUUAUUUGCACCAUUCUGAUUCCUGAAUCUGUUCAAAAAUCCUAGCUAGCAUAUUUUAAAACCACAAUUUAACAGCUAGUAUUGGUAGUGAUCUAAGAGGAAUGAAUAUUAAAGCAAAGAAUCCCAGCUACGACUCCAGACUACAUUAUUAAAUCAGUGUAAAUGACGAGAAAAACCAGAUCAACAGAAAACAAAAUAAAGCCUAAACUAUCCAACCACCAUGUGAUAUGACUAACAACACUCGUACACCCUCAGUGAUGUGUGUAAUUGUGGUUUUCGGGUACUGAAUAUUAACACCUAGCAACACCCCACAAAACUUAGAAACACCAAUCCUUGGAAGUAAAAAAAGAAAAAAAAAAACUAUCAUCUUGACAAGUUUCGCCUCAGACUUACAGAUGUCUCAACAACCAGGAUGCUCUGCUUACAACACCACCACGAUGAAAACGAACAUCUUGAACCAGCUAGAGGGAAACCUGCACUUAAAGGACCAGAGUGUAGGAUUUAGUGGCAUCUAGUGGUGAGGUUGCAGAUUGCAGCAAAAUGAAUAACCCUCCCCUUCCAAGCACG